AUCUCAUUGGUCGGCUGUGAGAGUGGUCGUCCGUACUGACUUCCUAUUGGCUCAAACCGCACGCUCGCUGCCAGCGGGGUUGUGUGUCGCAUCAACGUGUGUCAGAAGGAGUCUUACCUGCUGUCGGGGAAAUGGCGAGCUGGUGUGUCCGAGCGGUGAGACAGGGCUACUCUCUGGUAGCCUCGCCCGCGUUGAUACGAGGGUCUCCAAGAUAUUUAUGUGCGGCCACUCAGCAGAGGAGUGGCCCCGGGUCUGAGGAGGAGGCUGAGAAGCCGGAGCAGGGUGCAGCAGAGAAAGCCCUGACGGAGGAGAAGUCCCUGCUGGAGGAGCAGCUCAAGGAAAUGACAGAUAAGUACAAGCGGGCCUUAGCUGACACAGAGAACCUCAGGACACGGAGUCAGAAGAUGAUAGAGGAUGCUAAAUUAUACGGGAUCCAGGGCUUCUGCAAGGACCUGCUGGAAGUGGCCGACAUCUUGGAGAAGGCCACGGAGAGCGUGCCCAAGGAGGAGGUGACGAGCAACAACCCUCACCUGAAGAACCUGUACGACGGCCUGGUGAUGACUGAGGUCCAGAUCCAGAAAGUGUUCACCAAGCACGGCCUGGUCAAGCUCAACCCCGAGGGCCAGAAGUUCGACCCCUACGAGCACGAGGCCCUCUUCCACGCCCCUGUCGAGGGCAAGGAGCCGGGCACUGUCGCCUUAGUGACCAAAGUGGGCUAUAAGAUUCACGGACGCACCCUCAGGCCAGCGUUGGUGGGUGUGGCCAAAGCCCCCUAGAAAUGCUUGGGGAACUGUGACAAAGUGGGAUAUGUUUUGUUGCCUGGGUGACGGAUGACCUCAGGUACAGUCGACUGGCGAAGGCACACCACCACCCUUUUCCCUGUCCUCACUACCCCUCCACCCUAAGGUGCCUCGGAGAGAUGGGAAUCCAGCUGAAACGAACCUUGUAUCGGGACAAAAACCAUGUUGUUAACACUUUGUCAAGCACGGGACAGUUUUUACUGUAAAAUGUCAGUUAGUCAUCAGUCAUGUGUCAUUUCAGGCAGUUUCCGUCAGAUCAUUAAAGUAAUGUACCCGAUCGUGAACCCCUUAAAAUUGAAGAUUUUUUGGGGGGGUGACAUAUGGUGCAAAAUACAUCCACAAAUUGAGUCUGAACUGCUGGUAUCAUUCCAGACUUUUGUUUCUGAGUUGAUUGUGUGAAUAAAAUGAGAAACAGUACUUAAGUAUAUGAAGAAAGGUGGAAGUUUUACUGUGUACUGAGGUAGGCCUUCAUCAGCAUUUACAUGGAAGACAUCUCUGGUUCAUUUGGAUGUGAUCAGGCUCCCGUAAGCCAGCCUCAGUUACAGUAAUGCCCCUGUGUCUCGUUUGGCAGGAAUGAAACAGUCACAUAUCUAUAAACCAAUAGAAUAAAGAAGUGUUUUGACCAGUUUGUCCAGACUGUCACAGUAUCACAAUAAUCUGAAAGACUUGUUCCUUUUACACAUUUUAUCUUCAAAUAAAUGAAACAU